UGUGAUCGUGUUCACUUCAGGCCUCUUCUUCGACCGCAUACCGAUCCCACUCUUGGUCAUUGCUCCUACCUUAAUACCUGUUACUCGGAGCCAACAUAUGCACAGGGGAAAGAGAAAGCCCCAUGUCGAUAUCUUCAUUUUGAAAUAGACUGGGAUGAGAGGGACGCACAGUUGAUGGUCGCAGUGGGUGCUACAGGGAAAGAGAAGACAACAAAAGAGAAGCCUUUCAGACUGGGAAUUGGGAUGGGCCCAGAUGGGAAGCACAUGCAGGUGGUAAGUUCAUCGCCGAUAAUCAUGCUACCACCACAAUGGAUCAAUUGUGAUCUUCGCCGCUUCGACUACUCCAUUCUAGGUAAAUUUCACGUUAUCAUGGCAGAUCCACCAUGGGAUAUCCAUAUGAGUUUGCCGUAUGGUACAAUGACAGACGAUGAGAUGCGCGCAAUGCCAAUCCCAGCACUCCAAGAUGAAGGCAUGCUUUUCCUUUGGGUAACGGGACGCGCCAUGGAAGUGGGAAGAGAGUGCCUCCGCGUUUGGGGUUAUACUCGCGUAGACGAGGUGGUGUGGGUCAAAACGAAUCAGCUACAACGUGUCAUCCGCACUGGACGAACUGGGCAUUGGCUAAAUCACACCAAAGAACACAUGCUGGUGGGCGUGAAGACGCACACAGACGACGAAGGAAACCUCAAGUUUCCGGCGUGGGCGAACCGUGGACUAGACACAGACGUCAUUGUGAGCGAGGUGCGCGAAACCAGUAGGAAACCAGACGAGGUGUACGGCUUGAUCGAGCGUAUGUGUCCCGGAGGAAGGAAGAUAGAAAUCUUUGGGAGGAAGCAUAAUACGAGGCCCGGGUGGCUGACGCUUGGGAAUCAGCUGGGUGCAGAUCAGAUAUAUGAGGAAGACCUUGCGGCGAGAAUC